CUGGUCAAGGAAUUCACAUUCCAUUUCCUUUUCAUUUAUACCGGUCUAUUAUACCGCACAGUGACACACCCUUCUCCCUCCCCACUCCUCUCUUUAGAUCUCUCUUUCUUUUCUUUUGAUUCCGAGGGAAUAUUUUAGGGUUUUAUCGCUGCUUUAGAUCUUGCAGCGAUUUGAAUCCUCAACGUUGUUGACUCUCAAGUCGACGGUUCAAUUUCAAUCACAGAUCCGAUUAGCACACUCUGAGCCGUCGAUCUAAUCAGCAACCAUGGCGGCGGCUAACGCCCCGAUCACCAUGAAGGAAGUCUUAACUUUACCGGCUAUCGGGAUUAGUCCUCAGUUUAUUACGUUUACAAAUGUAACGAUGGAAUCAGACAAGUAUAUAUGUGUACGGGAAACAGCGCCACAAAAUAGUGUUGUAAUUAUUGAUAUGAACAUGCCAAUGCAGCCAUUGAGACGCCCUAUCACUGCAGAUUCCGCUCUCAUGAAUCCAAAUUCUAGAAUCCUUGCUUUGAAAGCCCAACUUCCGGGAACUACUCAGGAUCACUUACAAAUAUUUAACAUCGAGAUGAAAGCAAAAAUGAAAUCAUACCAGAUGCCUGAGCAGAUUGUCUUUUGGAAGUGGAUAACCCCUAAGAUGCUGGGCCUGGUUACACAGACAUCAGUUUAUCAUUGGUCUAUUGAAGGUGAUUCUGAACCAGUGAAGAUGUUCGAGAGAACUGCUAAUUUGCAAAGCAAUCAGAUUAUAAACUACAAAUGUGACCCUUCUGAGAAAUGGUUAGUUUUGAUUGGAAUUGCUCCUGGCUCACCUGAGCGGCAACAAUUGGUUAAAGGGAACAUGCAACUUUUCUCUGUGGAUCAACAACGUAGCCAAGCUCUUGAAGCACAUGCUGCAUCAUUUGCACAAUAUAAGGUUCCAGGAAACGAGAACCCUUCCACUCUGAUUUCUUUUGCCACAAAAUCUUUUAAUGCUGGGCAGAUUACAUCGAAGUUGCAUGUUAUUGAGCUUGGUGCCCAGCCAGGGAAGCCAUCAUUUACGAAGAAACAGGCAGAUCUGUUCUUUCCUCCUGAUUUUGCUGAUGACUUUCCUGUGGCAAUGCAGAUAUCCCACAAAUACAGUUUGAUUUAUGCAAUCACGAAGCUUGGGCUGCUAUUUGUUUAUGAUUUGGAGACAGCUACUGCAGUAUACCGAAACAGAAUUAGUCCAGAUCCAAUAUUUUUGACAGCCGAGGCUUCAACGGUGGGAGGGUUUUAUGCCAUUAAUAGGCGAGGCCAGGUGUUGUUGGCUACUGUAAAUGAAGCAAUGAUUGUGCCAUUUGUUAGUGGUCAGUUGAAUAAUCUGGAGCUUGCUGUCAAUCUUGCCAAAAGAGGAAACCUUCCUGGCGCUGAGAAUCUGGUUGUCCAGCGUUUCCAAGAAUUAUUCGCUCAAACAAAGUAUAAAGAAGCUGCUGAGCUGGCUGCUGAGUCACCACAAGGCAUUCUUCGAACUCCUGACACAGUUGCCAAGUUUCAGAGUGUUCCAGUGCAACCUGGGCAAACCCCUCCCUUAUUGCAAUACUUUGGGACCCUUUUAACUAGAGGAAAGCUUAAUGCAUUUGAGUCAUUGGAAUUGUCCCGCCUUGUGGUCAAUCAGAACAAAAAGAAUCUUUUGGAGAACUGGUUGGCAGAGGACAAGUUGGAGUGUACUGAGGAACUGGGAGACCUUGUGAAGACAGUGGAUAAUGAUCUUGCUCUGAAAAUAUAUAUUAAAGCUAGGGCAACCCCUAAAGUUGUUGCAGCUUUUGCUGAGAGAAGGGAGUUUGACAAAAUUUUGAUAUACUCGAAGCAGGUUGGCUAUGCUCCUGACUAUUUAUUCCUUCUGCAAACAAUUCUCCGUGCAGAUCCACAGGGUGCUGUUAACUUUGCUUUGAUGAUGUCCCAAAUGGAAGGUGGCUGUCCAGUUGACUACAAUACCAUUACUGAUCUCUUUCUUCAGAGGAACUUGAUCCGUGAGGCAACAGCCUUUCUGUUGGAUGUUUUGAAGCCAAAUUUAGCAGAACAUGGUUACCUCCAAACAAAGGUUCUGGAGAUAAAUCUGGUAACAUUUCCUAAUGUAGCUGAUGCUAUUCUAGCCAAUGGGAUGUUUAGCCACUAUGAUCGUCCUCGUAUUGCUCAACUCUGUGAAAAAGCUGGUCUUUACAUCCGAGCCUUGCAGCAUUAUACGGAUUUGCCAGAUAUUAAACGUGUGAUCGUGAAUACACAUGCAAUAGAGCCACAGGCACUUGUUGAGUUUUUUGGCACUCUUUCACGAGAAUGGGCUCUGGAGUGCAUGAAGGAUCUCUUACUGGUUAAUCUAAGAGGCAACCUUCAGAUAAUUGUUCAGACUGCCAAGGAAUAUUGUGAGCAGUUGGGUGUUGAUGCAUGCGUAAAACUUUUCGAACAAUUCAAAUCAUAUGAAGGGCUGUACUUUUUCUUGGGGUCAUAUUUGAGUUCCAGCGAGGAUCCUGAUAUACAUUUUAAGUACAUCGAGGCAGCUGCUAGAACUGGACAAAUAAAGGAGGUUGAGCGUGUUACUAGGGAGUCAAAUUUUUAUGAUCCUGAAAAGACAAAGAACUUUCUGAUGGAAGCCAAGCUUCCGGAUGCAAGGCCUCUAAUAAAUGUCUGUGACCGUUUUGGUUUUGUUGCUGAUCUCACACACUACCUCUAUUCAAGCAACAUGCUUCGUUAUAUAGAGGGUUAUGUUCAAAAGGUGAACCCAGGGAAUGCUCCUUUAGUUGUCGGGCAGCUGUUAGAUGAUGAAUGCCCUGAAGACUUUAUCAAGGGCCUUAUUCUUUCUGUCCGUUCUUUGCUUCCAGUUGAGCCCCUUGUGGAGGAAUGUGAGAAGAGAAAUCGACUUCGUUUGCUCACUCAGUUCUUGGAACAUCUUGUGAGUGAGGGAAGCCAAGAUGUACAUGUUCACAAUGCUCUUGGUAAAAUCAUCAUUGAUAGCAAUAACAACCCAGAACACUUCCUCACCACCAAUCCUUACUAUGAUUCCCGGGUUGUGGGCAAGUAUUGUGAGAAACGUGAUCCCACCCUUGCUGUUGUUGCUUACCGGAGAGGACAAUGUGAUGAAGAACUCAUCAAUGUCACAAAUAAGAACUCUUUGUUCAAGUUGCAAGCCAGAUAUGUGGUUGAAAGGAUGGAUGGUGAUCUUUGGGAGAAGGUUCUGAAUCCUGAAAAUGAAUAUCGAAGACAGCUUAUUGAUCAAGUUGUAUCUACUGCUUUGCCGGAAAGUAAGAGCCCAGAGCAAGUUUCUGCUGCUGUUAAAGCUUUCAUGACUGCUGAUCUGCCCCAUGAAUUGAUUGAGCUUCUUGAGAAGAUUGUGCUCCAAAACUCUGCAUUCAGUGGAAAUUUCAAUCUCCAAAACCUACUUAUCUUGACAGCGAUUAAGGCUGAUCCUUCUAGGGUUAUGGAUUAUAUUAAUAGAUUAGAUAACUUUGAUGGACCUGCUGUUGGGGAAGUGGCAGUUGAAGCUCAGCUUUAUGAGGAAGCAUUUGCAAUUUUCAAGAAGUUCAACUUGAAUGUUCAGGCUGUCAAUGUUUUAUUGGAUAACAUCCAAAGCAUUGACCGUGCCGUGGAGUUUGCAUUCCGUGUUGAAGAAGAUGCUGUUUGGAGCCAGGUGGCCAAGGCCCAACUCAGAGAGGGCCUUGUGAGUGAAGCAAUUGAGUCAUUUAUUCGUGCAGAUGACGCUACUCAAUUCCUGGAAGUCAUUCGUGCUGCUGAGGAUGCAAAUGUCUAUCAUGAUUUGUUGAAAUACCUUCUCAUGGUUAGGCAGAAGACAAAAGAGCCGAAGGUGGAUAGUGAGCUUAUUUUUGCAUAUGCAAAGAUUGAUAGGUUGAGUGACAUUGAGGAGUUCAUUCUCAUGCCAAAUGUGGCAAAUCUCCAAAAUGUUGGCGAUCGCUUAUAUGAUGAAGCUCUUUAUGAGGCUGCAAGAAUUAUAUUCCAAUUUAUAGCAAACUGGGCCAAGUUGGCAAGCACACUGGUGAAGUUGAAACAGUUCCAAAGUGCUGUUGAUGCAGCUCGGAAAGCCAACAGUGCCAAGACAUGGAAGGAAGUUUGCUUUGCUUGUGUUGAUGCAGAGGAGUUCCGUCUGGCUCAGAUAUGUGGUCUUAACAUCAUUAUACAGGUGGAUGAUUUGGAGGAGGUCAGCGAAUAUUACCAGAACAGAGGAUACUUCAAUGAAUUGAUCUCUCUCAUGGAGAGUGGUUUAGGUUUAGAACGUGCACACAUGGGGAUUUUCACGGAGUUGGGAGUGCUGUAUGCUAGAUAUCGUCCUGAGAAACUAAUGGAGCACAUUAAAUUGUUCUCAACCCGUCUCAACAUUCCCAAGCUUAUCCGAGCCUGUGAUGAACAGCAACACUGGAAGGAACUUACCUAUUUGUACAUUCAAUAUGAUGAAUUUGAUAAUGCUGCAACUACCAUUAUGAACCAUUCUCCGGAGGCAUGGGAUCACAUGCAAUUCAAAGAUGUUGCUGUCAAAGUUGCUAAUGUAGAGCUAUAUUAUAAGGCCGUGCAUUUCUACUUGCAAGAACAUCCUGAUCUUAUCAAUGAUCUUCUCAAUGUGCUGGCACUUCGUGUGGACCAUACUCGUGUUGUUGACAUUAUGCGGAAGGCUGGUCAUUUGCUUCUUGUGAAGCCAUACAUGAUUGCAGUUCAGAGCAACGACGUGUCUGCUGUGAAUGAGGCUUUGAAUCAAAUUUAUGUAGAAGAGGAGGACUAUGAAAGAUUGCGUGAAUCAAUUGAUUUGCAUGAUAACUUUGAUCAGAUUGGCCUUGCACAGAAGAUUGAGAAACAUGAGCUUCUUGAAAUGAGGCGUGUGGCUGCAUACAUUUACAAGAAGGCAGGAAGAUGGAAGCAAUCCAUUGCAUUGUCAAAGAAAGAUAAUCUUUAUAAAGAUGCCAUGGAGACAGCAUCACAGUCUGGUGAUCGUGAACUUGCAGAGGAGUUGCUGGUUUAUUUCAUUGAACAGGGCAAGAAGGAAUGCUUUGCAUCGUGCCUCUUUGUUUGUUAUGAUUUGAUUCGGCCAGAUGUUGCCCUUGAGCUUGCCUGGAUGAAUAAUAUGAUUGACUUUGCUUUCCCGUACCUGUUGCAGUUUAUCCGUGAAUACACAGGCAAAGUUGAUGAACUCGUGAAGUACAAAAUUGAGGCGCAGAAAGAAGUCAAGGCCAAAGAGCAGGAAGAGAAGGAUGUAAUUGCUCAGCAGAACAUGUAUGCUCAGUUACUUCCUCUUGCUUUGCCUGCACCGCCCAUGCCUGGUAUGGGUGGACCAACAAUGGGAGGAGGUUUUGCUCCACCACCACCCAUGGGUGGAAUGGGGAUGCCUCCAAUGCCACCUUUUGGCAUGCCACCGAUGGGCAGCUACUGAUAUGCAAACAACCACCCUUUUUUGGUAGAAUUAGUUGCGAAUUCCCAGUUGCUUAAAAGAAAAAAGGUAUCCUAGCUGUUUGGGCUUUUGAUAUGGCGGUGGUGUUUUUCUGGGCUUGGGUGCCUUCAUUCUUCUUUUUUGUGUUCUUUUUUGGUGGGACGAAGGUGUAAUUGAAGCAAUGAACAUGCCAUUUUUCUGUCCUAGGUGUGUGGAUAAGUGAUGUAAUAUUUUUUUGGUAGGAAUCAUUUUUUGGCUGCUAGUAGAGAGCAAGCGGAGGAUUUCCUGUAUUUGCAAUAUUUUUUCCCUUGCUGUCUGGGAGCUAGCCGAGUAUAAUACGAAUUGUUUCAUACAAAUCAUAAAACCGUGAACUUGAUCUGUAAUGGCUCUAUUUUAAUUUCAUAUUUUCCCUUUUACCCUCA